UUGAAAUACGACGGCUCCUUCCUUGAUUUUUUCACGACAUCAUCAUUCUCUGGCUCUAAUAUUGAAAAGGCGCAUUGGUACUCGACCCUCCACAUCUCGUCGGUAGUUUUCUCGCACGCACCCUUCUUCAACAAGCGCGCCAACAUCACCAUGGCCGACGCCGACGUCCAGAAAGCACAGGAGGUUGAACCUCCAAAGGAGGAAGCUGCUCCAGCACUUCCCGACUAUGUCCUCGAUCCCAAUGCGGUCAUGAACGAUGUCCAAGCCGAAUGGCGCUAUGGGCGACCACCAGACUACACCAAGACGAGGAAAGUCUGGUCAGACACUAAACGCAUGAACCACGAGCAUGGCAGUCUCGAAUUCCUGGUCGAGAACCUGGUCAAGAAUUGGGAGAUCGAAGCGUCGUUCAAGCCCGCCCUGAAAGACUGGCGCACAGUCGAUCAUGACAACUACAGCUUUGCCAUCAAUGGCGGGCCCCCGCAAGAUGCUAACCAUAUGCUCGAUGUGGGCACAUACAAUGCCAUCAUCGCUCCAAAUGAGUACUAUGACCCGACACACAGUGAUUUUGCCAGUAGUCACAAAACAUUCAAGCGCAUGAUGCCCACUUUUGCGUGGGAGGUUCUGGAAGUCUACUCGGGGCCUCCUCGUGUCGCGUUUCGAUGGCGGCAUUGGGGAGUGAUGAAGAACGAUUACGUGGGAUUCAAUGCCAAGGGGGAAAAGGUCACAGCCAAGGCUCACGGUGACACGAUCGACAUCGAAGGCGUCACAGUCGCCCUCGUGGAUGAUAAGCUCCGCGUGCAGAAGUUGGAGACUUGGUUCGAUCCGCUGAUCAUGUUCCGGCAAAUCGCCCCCAAUGGCGUCGUGAACAAA